AUUGCAGAUUGAUUGUGCACGAGGUAGAACGUGCCUCGUGAGCCGGGGUUAGUCUCUGUCUCCUCUAGUUGCUCUCCCUUUCCUUCUCCCUCUUUCUCUUGAUCGCACAUAAUUUGAGGAAUCUCGGGUGUAUGGUUUCCAGUUGUAGGGAUUGCUGGGCUACGGGAUCACGUAUCGCAGCGUCGUAUAAAGGCUAAAGUAGAACUUGUGCCGAUGGUUGUUGUUUGGUCAUCGCGUUACGUUGUUCUAUUUGAUAUUGGAAAGCAUAAAUCCCAACAUCACUUAUUUUACGAUGAAAUGAAGAGUCAAACAAAUUACAAAUAUAUAACAUGUCUAGAAAGACCACCGGGACAGCAGUUAAUAGUUUAUCAAAACAUCGUAAACUCGAGAUUUAGCAACGGUCAGCAUGUUUGCCGGCGCUCUAUAGUACUUUUCAAUGGACCGCUCUCUCUCGUGAGGAUGACGCGCGUCCAUGAUACCACGCAGCAUCCGCGAACAUCGCUCGGUUGUAUCAUGCGCAAUAGCGAGCUGAACUGUCCUUUCGCCAAACCAACCGACAUAACCGAUUCAGUCUUUUGACAAAAUGGACUUACACUAGUUAGCAUUUUCACAAGCAACAUGUUUGGUCCCAUUCCGCGAUGCAUUUUGUCGGAGAUGGCCUUCGCCUAUCUAUCGCCUUAACAUCAGAACAUUUUGUGUGAAAAUCUGCCGAAUGGAUGGUGUUUCUUAGUAGCCACCGCCAUAAUGGCGUGGCAGCGGCAACCGAAUGUGUGCAGUUUUGUUAAGUGAAAUCGAAACUUUUGGGUGGCAUCAAUCCGAGGAUACAAAAAGAUCCUUUACCAUGUGAUAUGGUGGCAGAGAAGCAGUGCGUUGUUGCAAGCGGUAGAAUAAUGAUACGGGUAUGCAGUGGACUGUCAGAUGUAUUGCAGCAACGGAAACGAGCGUCCAUGAAUCGAUAAUGAGAAAAUGAAAACCUGUACUCCACACCAAUUCAAGCAGAGUCAACCUGCUGGUUGCUAGUGGCCUUCUAACAGCACGACAUCGACUGUGGUACCUCAACCAGGUGCGGGGGCUGCAGACCGCCUGCUAAGAUGAAGGACGAAAAAGUAGAUCAAAAGAUGCUCCGGUCACAUGUUAAUUGGAAAUCGGAAAAACUAUUGGCACAGCAGGUUGUGCCGUCUCCAUAAAACCAAUCGGCGACAUUGCAGCAGCAUUGUCAUGUGAACCUUGAUCCCGUGAAUGAACACCGAAAAAUCACUGAAAAGUCUUCCAAAACGUAGAAUUAAGUCAGUAGCAGUGCCGAACGGCUCGAGAUAAGGUUUAUUCAGUGUCAAAUGAGACGCGUUAUUCAACUACAGUAAUCCAACUGUCUUCCUGGAUACCUAGCUUCGUAAGAAUUAGAUACAAAUUUACACGCAACCAUCGUUAAAUUCAUAGUCUUCCAUAUGAAAUAAGGUAACAAAAAGAGAUAGAACAACAACGGGCUUCCAGUUGAAGUUAAAGAAUUAUCAAUCGACGAUGAACAAAAAAUUAUCGCCAGCGGCAAAGUUUCGUCGCCGCCUGGCGGCAAUGCAAAAAAAAUCAAAUACUACGACCGGUGGCCGAAACCGCAAACAGCCGAAAGAGCAAUUUUUCGAGCAUGAUAUCCGCUUCAACGUAGACAAUUCGCCACCGCAGGACGAUUUAGUGGAUCCUCCGGACUCGUCCACUAAUCCAGAACAAGAAUUGGAAAACGUUGCAGAAGAGCAAAAUGGGCAGGAUUCACAUGGUGGGGUUUCCUCGGUCUCAGAUUACGAACGUGACCCCUGUUCAGACAGAAAAAUCAAAUCAGCCAUACACCGGAACGAUAACCCUAGAAACCCAGAAAACCGCCUCAGGAAUAGUAAGACAUUUUUACGAAAAAAUCGACGUCCGAAUGGUCUACCCAUGAAGCAUCCACGCAAAACCAAUGGACCAAGCUGGAACAAUAGAAGAUUGUUGUUAAAAUUGCAACAACAACUAAAGCUGCAAGGACUGUGCAUCUCGUCACUAGUGACGAUGCCCGCUUCUAAUUCAGGUACGGAUCCCAAGCGAGCAACGACGGAUACCGGUGAAGCAGCCGGUGGGUGUCAUCAUUGUCAUUGCGCAUGUGCUAUAUCGAACCCGGUGAGUACCACCGGUGAACGUCUAGUGGCUGGUCACAAACACGCGACGACGUGCCAGGAUGGCGACGGUUGGCCAAAUGUUCAUGUCAAUACACGACGACAACACGGUGCGGUUCCCCAACCAAGAACUCCUUUAAGUUGCAACCUUCAACGACGACCACGGGGUUAUCAUUCUGAACUCCAAGAGCUGAAUUCCUCAGCGAGGGCUUCACGAUCGUCAUCCUGUGAUUCUAUUGGUUCGGGUUGGACCAAAGAACGUGCAGCCCUGUGUCAGCUUAGGGAACAGUAUCGGGCGGCUUGCAGUUAUUCACCGACGCCAUCCAGUUGGCAGAACCGCAACCUACACCUUCCCAAUCGUCAUCAUCAUCAUCAUCAGCCUUAUCAUCACCGUUAUUCUCACAAUCACCACGGGCAGGAGCAACUGCAACAGCAUAAGUUGUGCAUUAAAACUACUACCGCCGCAGCUGCAGCGAGACCCACUUCCGCUGGAAGCAAGAGUCCCGCGCUUAGUCCGAUUUGCAUGCAAGCAAUGCAUAGCGUAGUCAGUGUACGGGAAACGCAUCACAUUGCCCAAGCCCAGCAGGAGAAGAACGCGAAACUCCGCGAUGCGUUCGGCAUUUCGCAAUACUUUGUGGAGGGAACGAGCUUCGACCAGGACCGAAAGGCGAAGGAAGAUUUGGCCAAAUCGGAAGCCCUGCAGAAGGAGCUAGCAGAAAAGGAAAAAGCUAAGGAACUGGAGCGGGCAAACCGGAAGCGUUACGCCCUAGUGCGGACACCUUCGCCGGAAAAGGAGCGCGACAAGUCCGCGGAUCGUAACGGCGCAGGAAAGCGUGGUAGGGAUAGGGAUGACGGUGAAGAUGAUGAUGAAGACGAAGGCGGUCACGAUACUGGCGGAAAGCUAACGUCGAAAGCGUCGCGUGGAAAGGACGAGAAGAAAAAGAAAAAGAAGAAAGCACGGGAUACGUCUUCCAGCCCCGAACGCAAGAAGGAUAAGAAGAAAAAAUCGAAGAAAAGCAAAAAAGAAAGAUCAAAGAAGAAGCAUUCAAAAAAGGCACACCGCGGCGAUGGCAGCGAUUCAUCUGAUUCGGAGUCGGAUUCUAGCUCUGAAAGCGAUGGCUCAUCGGAUUCGGAGCGCGAAAACAGCAGCAAGCGCAAGAAAAAAUCAACCAAAAAGGAUAAGAAAAAAAAGUCAUCGAAAAAGAAGAAGGCAUUGUCUCCAUCCUCAUCUCGGAACAAGUCUCCUAUUGUGCAAAAGAAGCAACAAAAGGAAGAACGUGCAAGACGGGACACACGCGACGAAAGGGAUCACCUUGAUAUAUCAGCCGUUCCGCUAGCGAGUGAUAGAAGCAGGAAUACUAAUGAUCGUGAUCGUGAUCAUCCUAGACGAUCUGUUAGUCGAGAACACGAAAAUACUCAUCGUGACAUUCAGCGCAACGAUCGCCAUGAUAUUCGGCAUCGAGGAUAUGGAGGCUCAUUUCCACAGGGUUCCCGUGACCAUUCGAAUGCUGGAAAAGAAGUGCAGAAUCGUAAUCGCGAUGCACGCCAGCGUGAAGAUAAACAGAGGUAUGAUGUUCGCGAGCGUCGAAGCCGAUCAAGAAACCGCCGCAGAGAACGAUCGAUAGAUCGUGAACGAAAGCAUAAAUCACGGUCUCCUUCAGGCUCUCGGCGACGCGAUCGUACUCCAGUGGCAGAUGCUCGUAGUCCAGAGCGUUCACGGGAAAGGCAGCGACGUGACCGCACGCCAAACAGAAGAGAUGUGAAAGAACAACAAUUAGAUCGUCCACACCGAGAGCGCGAGUGUGAUAGAGGGUAUGAUCGUGAAAGAAAUCGUGGCGAACGAGAAGCAGAGCGCUCAAGAAUUCGAGAAAGCGAACGAGACCGAAAUCGCAAUAAGGAGUACCGAGAACGUAGCAAACAACGAUCGCCACAAACUGCUUCUGGUGAAUGGAAUACGAAAUCCCCUUCCAAAAGCCAUGUGCGCCGAAAUGAAUCACCAAUUAAAAAACGAUCUAUAACUCCACAACCAAGAUUGUCUAAGAAUGAGAUCCAAGCUGUGGCUUCUGAGCGUAAGAAUCGCAGUAAAUCGCCCGUUUCUAAACGGGGUUUGCAGGACAAAGAGCGAGAAUCGAAUAAUCGGAAACGCAUGUCCAUCUCACCGUCGAAGAUUAAAUCUACCCGCACCGUAGCGCAGCCUGAACAACCUACAACGAAAACAGAUUCCUCGGAUGAUUCUGCUUCCGAUCUUAGCUAUUCACCCGCACGUCGCGAUCCUGAUCGGUAUCAUGACAUUCUGCAACGUCAAACUUCCUUUGGAAAUGGAAGGAAUCACGAAGCAACGAAGCCGUCAAGGGAGGAAAUUAAAAAACAUUCAACUAGAUCAGUUUCCAGAGAGGUCACUCGUCAAUCAGAUCGGUCAUUGAGUCCCCCAAAUCGUGCUAAGCCCGUUGUGAAACAAACAAAACGCACAGCAGUGCUUAACGAAAGUGAUCGUUCGUCGCGUUCUCGUUCGCGUUCGAGAUCUCGCUCGACAAAACAGCGUACGGAUUCAUCGGCUUCCCCAGCAAAAAAGAGUGACUCAUUGAAGCGCCGCCCCUCUCCUGAAGCUACGAAAGCUAGCGAAAAAUUCAGUGCGGCUGUCCAAGAGCCUUCGUUACGCCGAUCGUCCAGCAAAUCGAAAGCAACGGAGGAAUCUGCACCAAAAACUGGUCGCUCUUCCAAGCGAGCACCGUCACGGUCCCCCGAUUCUAAGAGACGUCGCCCAGACCGUGAUGUUUGUCAAUCACGAGAAGCAACAGCUUACAAGACAGUGCGUAGUGAUCGUAAUGAGGCUGAUAAUAAUAAAGCACACAGAGAUGUUGGUGAAUCAAGACGACAUAAAUCACGCAGCCCCGAGAGAAGAAGACAUGACGCACCUAGCACCAUGGUACCUUCCAUACCUUUGACUGUGGACAGUGAAUCAAAAAGGCCCAAACCGAAAAUGUCUUCUACAUCAACGGUAUCGAUGCAAUCUUCAACUAGCGGAACGGCGAUCAUUCAGCAACCGGUCGUGAAGUUACACUCGCCGGAAUCAUCGCACUCUUCCACAAGAUCGAACGGUGAUGCAAGUGAUGCCGAUCGCACCAACGAUGAUCGAGACAAUCUGGACGCUUUUCUACCUACCUACGACGAAAAUCGCGAACAGGAGAAAGAUCUUUCGCUUUUGAAGGCACUGAAGCAUGAUCUGGCUGCCAAAGCUAAGCAGAGUCUGGAGAAGAAGAAAAAUGUUUCUGAAUGCGGUACAGGCGGUGGCAGUGUGAAGGUCUCACAAACUGCCGGUUCAAAGGUUGGCGAUGUUUCAGCGACGGUACCCAUCGUCGAGGUGCGGGUCGGGGAAUCACGAGAAAGAGAAUUGCUGCAAAGUAAACAACAGCAGCUUCACCUUACGAAUGCUUCGGUUGAAAAUCCCACGAUGGAAGUGUCUGUCCCAGCAGGCACCAGUCUUCAGCAGCCUCCUUUAAAACCGUCGGUCGCGACAGAACGCGAUUUGAAGACCAGUAAUAGUUCACAAAUUAAAAAAGAAAUACACGACAUUAUAAGCACUGUAGGUGCAUGUGCUGUCGCUGAUGGAUCGGAAGGGGCAACUAGUAGCUUAUCGAAGACAUCCAUUCUUCAUGCUGUGGACAGUAUUCUGAAGGAAAAAAUAUCCGGUAAAACCGCGAUUUCGGUUACCGGUAGCAGCACCAAAAGACGAUCCAAACUCAGAAGCAGCCGUUCGAAAUCUCACUCUCGCUCUGGUUCGCGGUCGCAUAAAUCACGCAGCUACAGUAGAUCAAGCAGUGACACCGGCAGUUCUCGUUCGCGCAGUCGAUCGUCCUCAUCUCACAGCGCCAGCUCGUCAGAGCAUGCCAGCAGUCGUUCGAGAAGCCGCUCGAGCAGCCAUUCGUCACAUUCAACAGCUGGCCGGUCGCGCACUGGUUCGCGUUCCCCAUCAAUACCGCGCCGAGCCGGAUCACCUUCAUUUCUCGAUCGGCGACGCAUCACUAGAGCUUCACGGUCCCGAUCACGUUCCCGAAACGCUUCUCGCUCACGAAGUGCUCGUCACGAAAAAAGUGAUCAUAGGAAAGGAAAAGGCUCGCGUUCUCGCUCAUCAUCUUCAUCCUCAUCGUCGCGUACCUCUCGCUCACGUGGCUCGCGGGCGCAGGACAGGCAACGCCAACAGCGCCGGAACGGUCGGUCACGAUCAGGUGACAAAAGGUCUCCACCACGCAGUAGGACUUCAUCAUCUCGUAGAGAAACACAGCGCCGCCGUUGAUCAUCCCCAGGGGUCCUUGCAGUCUCUUAACUGUAGAAAGCUUCGCCUUGCGAUAAUGGCCGAAGAUUCUGAUUUGAUGUCCGCUGAUAGAAACGUGUUUAGCUUUUAGUUAGUCGUAGAUUGCGUAUACAAAAAUAGUUGUAUAAAUCCGCCAAUGAGCCUCAGCAAUGGUAAAGGAAACGUUGUAUACCAUCAUGACGAGACACAUGCAGCCAUGCUCUUCCUCCUAAGCUACACCUUUUAUAUUACUGUAAUGCGUUUCUUUGUUUUCUUAAUACACUUCACUAGGUUAAAUUAUAAUUUGAAGAACGAUUCGUUGCAUUUAUUUCAUUUCGUUUAGAAUGGGCUGAAGUAGUAGAUUGCAAUCAGUUUCGAAUGCGUUCCGAAAUCGCGUUCCGUUCAUCGCACUGUAGUGUGCAGAUUGCUUUCAUUUCUUUAGUUUCCUUACGAUUCCUUGUGCCAAUUGCUACGUGCUGGUAAGUUUAAUUUGUUUUUUUUUGUCGUAGAAAAGCUCCGUGUGCUAGAGCGAGUGUACUU